AUGGAUUUCGAGGGAAUGAGGGCGAUUGCAGUGAGUGAGGGAGAUGGGGGGUUGGAUGUGGCACGGUUCCUGAAGUUUGCGAUUAGUGUUGUGGGGGUGCUGAAGCAUGUCCAUGAUCGGGAGAUUUGGCAUAACAAUAUCAACCCGCAGGCGCUGAAUAUUGACGGGGCUACGCGGACAAAUGCGACACUGGCGGACUUUUCGUACUCCUCACGACUGACGAGGGAGGAAGCGGGGUACAAGUCGAACGUGCUCGGGAACUGUUUCCUGCCGUAUAUGUCACCCGAGUGUUCUGGACGGAUUAACCGCAGCGUGGAUUAUCGGAGUGAUUUCUAUUCGUUGGGAGUGACGUUUUAUGAGUUGGUUACGGGGACGGUACCGUUUUUGUCGAGUGAUCCGUUGGAUUUAAUUCAUGCCCACAUCGCACGGACGCCGCGGAAUCCUUGGGAAAUCAAUCCUUCGCUGCCGGUCUCGUUGGGUCAGGUCAUUCUGAAACUCAUGGCGAAAACGGCGGAAGAUCGGUACCAGACUUGUUCGGGACUCUUGGCCGAUCUGCGGUUCUUGGAAACGAAUUUGGAGAAUGGGAAGGAUUCGGAGAAAACUUCGUCGUUCGAGGCGGGCAUGACGGAUGAUGCGUCCCAAUUCUCAUUGCCUCAGGUAUUGUAUGGACGCGAAGAGGAUCUCCGACUCAUGUUCUCCGCCUUCCACCGCGUAAAAAAGGACGGAGGCUGCGAAGUCCUUGUCGUACAAGGCCACUCCGGAAUCGGUAAAUCCUCCCUCGUGGCAGAAAUGCAACGUCCUGUCAUCGAAUCACGCGCAUUCUUCUCGUCCGGGAAAUUCGACCAAUAUAAACGCGGGAUCCCGUUCUUUUCGUUGAUUCAGGCGUUGGGGGAUUUGGUUAAGCAGAUUAUUUCGGAGACGGAGUUGAGUUUGGAGGUGUGGAGGAAGAGGAUUAUUGAUGCUUUGGGACAGGAUGCGGCGGUUGUGUUGAGUGUGUUGCCUGAGGUGCGGAGGGUGUUGGGGCCGGAGUAUGUUGUUCCGUCGUUACCGGAUAUUGGGCCGAGUGAGCGGGAACAGCGGUUGAAGGAGGUGUUUCAGAGAUUUAUUAUGUUGUUUGGAAGACCUGGGAAGCCGCUCGUGUUGUUCUUGGACGAUUUGCAGUGGAGUAGUGUGGUUGAGUUGGGCCUCAUCGGAUCCAUCGCUGUCGCGGCGCAUAAUGACAAGAAAGCGAAUUCGUUAUUGUUGAUUAUUGCGUUUCGCGAUAAUGAGGUGGAUAAGGAUCACUAUGUGAACGUGAUGAUGAAGAUGAUCAAGGAUGCUGAGACGCCGAUUGUGGACUUACAUUUGAAGCCGUUGGAUAUGAAGAGUGUUACGGAUAUCGUGUGUGCGACGUUACAUCGUGGGAAUCAGGAUGAUCCGGAGUUAAAAACGUUUUGCGAGUUGGUGUAUGCCAAGACACAGGGAAACGCCUUUUUCGUGACGCAGGUCUUGAGGGUGCUGUAUCAACGUCAACAACUCCGUUUCGAUUUCGAGAAGAAGAUGUGGACGUUUGAUUUGGCGGAAAUAUUGACGGAGGAUUUACCCCCGAAUGUGGUAGAGUUGUUGGUGAGUCGGAUAAAAAACCUACCACAGGCAACGCAGAACGUGUUGAGGCUUGCGGCGUGUGUGGGAUCGAAUCGGUUUACGCUUGGGACGUUGAGUAUCGUGUAUCAGAAGAGUUUGAAGAAGACUGCGCAGGAGUUGUGGGAUGCGUUGUUGGCUGGUCUCAUUAUUCCUACGACUGCGGCCUAUAAGACUCCGCUGGCUGAGGACGAUGACGAAGAAAGCGAUAAUGAUGAGGAUGUGAAUGAUGAUAUGAUGACGAAGGUUGAUGAUGACAGAGGAGAUAUGACGCCUGAUGCAAGGUCGAUACAUACCGUUGGUGCGAGCAUUGGUGAAGAUGCUGAAGAUGAGAGUUCAGUUAUCACGUAUCGAUUUUUGCAUGAUCGGGUUCAGCAGGCGGCAUAUUCGCUCAUCCCUGAGGAGGCCCGUGCAGCGACGCAUGUGAAGAUUGGAUGGCUCUUGCUCGAGAACACCGAUGGUGAUAAUUCGGAUCGAUUUAUUUUCGAGAUUGUAAAUCAGUUGAAUCAUGGUAUUGGUACGUUCACUGAUGCGGAGCGGAUGAGAGUCAUCAGGCUCAAUUUUAGGGCUGGACAGAAGGCGUUGCAGAGUACUGCUUUUGACCUUUCGUUGCAGUACUUGGAGACUGCGAGGGGUUUGUUGGGACCUGAUUCUUGGAAGAUUGAUGCGCAGUUGGCGAUGAAGGUCAUGUUGACGCACGUUGAUGCCCUCUACGCCAACAACCAGUACUCUGACGCCAUCGAUGUCCUCAACGAUGUCCUGGCAAACACAGAGACGAAUUUCGAUAAGGCCAAGUGCUUGUUGCCGAAGAUGCAGUGUUAUAUGGGUCUCGACAAGUUCGAUUUGGCUAUCGAGGCUGGUCUUGAUGCACUGGAGCUUUUGGGACACAAGUUGCCCAGGAAGGUCGAGGAGGCUGAGGCGUUGCUUGCGAUCCUGGGCAAGAAGCUUGACAUGUCACUUGAUGAUAUUGACUCGCUUUCGAGCUUGCCGGUGACGACGAGCGAGGAGCACAUCUUGAUGCAAAGCCUCAGUGCCACACUGAUCUUGCCGAUGUAUCUGUACAAGCCGGGUAUCCUCGGGCCCCUCUGUGCCAAUUCCAUCUUGUUCUCGAUGAAGUACGGGCUCUGUAGUGCUGGUGUGUAUCCGUUUGUCAUGUGGGGUUGUAUCAUCUCCGAUCAGCGCACACACAAGUCUCAGCUACAGGCGUAUCACUUCGGUAAGGUCGCCAUUCGAAUCGUCGACUCGAGACAGACUGUCGAACCUGCGGAUGUGUCCACGUACAAGGUGUUCGCAUCCCACGUUUGUAUCUGGAACGAGCCGGUGAGGAAUACACUCGUGUAUUUCAACGCUACUAUCUCGAAGGGAUUGCAGCUUUACAACCCUGAGUACACCACAUACGCCAUUGUCGAGGGAUGUAUGUACGCAAUGUGGGCCGGUGAGCCUGUUUCGCACACGAUCUCGAAGCUCUCGAGCUUUGCUCCGGUUGUGAAGAGGUUCAAGGUCCAAUCAUCCAUGCACUAUCUUGCCAUCCCGCUUCAGGCUAUGUGCAACCUGGAGAACGGUGAUAUUGCCAAUGUGUUGAAUAUCGAGGGUGAACACUUCAGUAUGAAGAACGAGCUCCAGGCGGUCAUGGAUAAUGGAUCCUUGCCGCAGUUGUUCGUAUGUUAUCUGUACCCGUUGAUGUUUGCCGUCAUGUUCAACCAGAGUCAUGUUGCUACUGAAAUGGCCAUGGAGUGUAGGAGCACCGCUCACGGUGUCUUGUCGCAUUUCUACCUCGCCAAGUACGCCUUCUUCUCUGCCGUCAACUUGGUGCAGGACUACCCCAGCUUGCAGCCCCCGUACCUCGGUUACUUUGAGAAGCACUACCAGGAUCUUCAGCACUGGGCUCAGUGUUCUCCAUCGACCUUCAACCAUGAGGUCAAGUUCAUCGAGGCUGAAUUGUAUAGGCAUAAGAACGAAGAGCUUGACGCUCUUGAGGCCUACGAUGAUGCUAUCGAAGAGGCUUGCAAGCAGGGUUGUCUUCAGGAAGCCGCUAUGUACGCUGAGCGUUGCGCCAUCCACUUCUUGAAGUACAAGCCACGUAUGUCGCACAAGUAUAUCGAGAAGUCGUAUCAUCUUUAUAGGCUAUGGGGCGCGAAGACCAAGGUGAAGGACCUUGAGCGACGAUUCCCUCAAUUGCUUCAAAGUGAUGGUCAUGCAAGUUCUGGGGACAAGUCUGGAAGCAGUGGCGGACGCAAUCACAACUCGGAGGCAUCUUUGAGCUCUCGACUAGAUCUCCAGUCUGUUCUUAAGGCUUCCGUCAUCAUCUCUGAAGAAUAUGAGAUUCAGGAGGUUUUAAUCAAGCUUAUUGAGAUUGUGCUCCAAACCGCUGGUGCUGAUAAUGGCGCUCUUCUCCUUGCUGAAGAUGGUAUGUUCUUCCUCGAAGCUCUCGGCACGGUUGGAAAGGUUGAAAUUGUCAGUCAUCAGCCGAUUACUCAGCGCACUGACGUUGUACCUAUUUCUCUGGUCAACUACGUUGCUCGCUUGAGAGAGCCUGUCGUGAAGACUAACGAGCGUCAGUUUGCGGCCAAGUUCGGUCGUGACCGCUACUUUGUCCAGAAGAAGCUCCGCAGUGUGCUUUGCAUGCCUAUUCAGAACAAUGUGAAUCUGAUCGGUGUGCUCUACCUCGAGAACGCGAAUACUGCCCAUGCUUUCACUCCAGACCGCUUGGAGCUUCUUAACUUCCUGUGUACCCAGGCUGCUGUUACCAUUGAGAAGUCCAGGCUUUACCGCGAUCUCGAAGUAGCGAAGGAUGCGGCUGAGGCAGCCGCAAAGAUGAAGUCCGAGUUCUUGGCUAAUAUGAGUCACGAAAUUCGAACUCCUUUCAACGCUGUCAUCGGUCUUUCUGGCUUCUUAUUGGAUACUCCUCUGACUCCUCUUCAGACUGAAUACGUUGAAACGAUCAGGAACAGCAGUAAGGAGUUGCUGACGGUUAUCGACCAGAUCCUCGACUUCUCCAAGAUCGAGCACGGAAAGAUCGAGCUAAAGAAUGCGCCCUUUUCUCUUCGUGAGUGUAUUGAAGGUGCUUUGCAGAUUGUUGCAGAGCGUGCCUCGUCGAAGGAACUCGAGCUGGCCUACGUCAACAAGCACAAUGACUACCCCGACAUCAUCAUUGGUGAUCUUACUCGUUUCAGGCAGAUCCUUAUCAACCUGUUGGGUAACGCUGUCAAGUUCACUGAGCACGGUCAUGUCAUCGUCAUGUCGCAGGUUGUUGAGCGCAUCAUCGAGCCGAAUGACUCGAAGGGUAUGACUUACACCUUCCAGAUCAGCUGCAGUGAUACUGGUAUCGGUAUCCCGCAGGAGAAGUUCACAAAGCUUUUCCGCUUGUUCUCCCAAAUUGAGUCGUCGAGCAACCGUUCAUACGGUGGAACUGGUCUUGGACUGGCUAUCUCUGAGAAGCUCGUUGAGCUUAUGGAGGGAAGAAUCUGGUUGGAGUCCAUUGUUGGCAAGGGUACGACUUUCCAUUUCACCAUCAAGACCAAGGUUGGUGACGAGGACUCACCUAUGCCGGCUAUCCGUGACCCUGCAGUCGAGGACAACAAUGAGGUUACGCUCGCUUUGCUCAAGGAGCAGACAGAAGAAUUAGGGUUGGUGCCCUUCACUGUCAGCAACUGUGAGGAUAUGAUUGCGCUGAUCAAGAAGAACGAGCCCGGCACCUUCAAACUUGCUCUUGUCGAUGUUUUCAAGGCUGAUCGUGAAAUUGACGCUUUCAUUAAGGAUAUCUCUGCUUUGGAGCUUGAGCUUAAGGUCAUCCGUCUUAGCCGUAUCGGAAGUGUAUUGCCCCCUGAAGCGCUCAGCCAGGAGUCUGCAAGUGGUAGCUUGUACCUCAUCAAGCCUGUCAAGAAGGCGAGGUUACAGAAGGUCAUCACACAGAUAUUCUCACCUCAAAGCGAGGCCAUUCGGGCCGUCACCAAACCUCCGCAAAGCAAGCUCUUGGAAGGCCAUGUGGAUCCCAAUGGCCUCGGAGAGCGUCAUCCGCUCAGGAUUUUGUUGGCUGAGGACAACCCGAUCAACUCCAAGGUUGCACUCCAGCAUUUGAAGAGGAUGGGAUACACCGCAGAUCAUGCAGUCGAUGGUAUCGUGGCCAUCGAGAUGGUCAAGGAGAAGGUUUACGAUGUGAUCCUCAUGGACGUGCAGAUGCCCAGAAAGGAUGGUAUCGAGGCGACCAAGACGUUGGUGGAGCUUUACCCGCCGGAGCAGCUUCCCCGUAUUGUGGCGAUGACGGCGAACGCAAUGAGUGGAGACCGUGAGAGAUGUUUGGCGGCUGGUAUGCACGAUUAUGUCGCGAAGCCUAUUUUGUCUGGAAAGUUGGCGGCUGCGUUGUCUAGAUGUCAGAGAAGACCGGUAUAA